UAGACCUACCGUCCACACUAAUCCGUCACGAAAACGGAGCUUUUCAAAAACGCUCUUCAAACUGGUUUAUGUGUGGUCGAAAAACAUUUAGACAACGCACCUUCGGUUCGACAACUAUGUAGCCACGAUAUUAAUGCGACUUCCCUGACCGAGGUUUCCUCCAACACAAAUCUAAACUGACCGGUGAUUGUUCUGUUUUUAGAUUAUAGGUGCAGUGUGGACGAGGCCUAAAUAUUCAUCAAAUGGCUCAGUUGUUAUCGCUCCUUAUUUGUGGUUGGUCACAAGAGCAAUCAACCGAAUCAAAACAGACUAAAAUUAAACCCUGGAUAAAUUAGAUCUUUUGAACACAAAAAAUUGUCAAUCCGCGAUUUUAACGUCGAGAGAAAAUUUAAUACCACACAGAGGUAGGCUCACGAUAUCUUGACCAGAAUCCGUUACGUCUAACCAUUGUAUACCAGGUGUAAUCAAUCAAUAAGCCCAUAAUCGAAAACAAUCGAUAACAAUCAAUCGUUGACCAAUGGCAAUUGAUGAAAAUCGAUGAAGAAAAAGAGUUGCGAGUUCGACUGUUAUCUAUUAUUAUGGGAAAAAAUGUUUGUCCUUGUACAAGUUACACUGAUAAAAUGUUUCACAAAAUUUGUCUGUAAUGGGUUUUUUUUGAGUCAUUUUAUCUUCAUGGCCUGCGUAUCUUUUACAAUCAUCAGCAAAAUAACAAGAACAGAAAUAACUAACCGAAACAAUUGGGCUUUACACCUUCCUUUGCUAGUUUACUUUGAAUCUUUAAAUCGAGUCGUGUUGUUUCAGGCUUCAAGUAUUGUUUUACAUAAUAACAACACCAUCUUUGAGUAGUCCGGAAAAAUUGACAUAUUGUUCAAAGGUUAAUGUUGGUUUUUUUUAAUCGAUAACAAUCGAUAUUCCUGAAGACAGGAAUAAUCGACUGCUAACGAUUUUUGUCAAUCGAUGGCAAUCGAUUAAAAAAAUUUCUGUGAGUUUAGCCUGCAGAACAGGUGGAUUAGCGGACUAUCGCGCCAGAACCCGCUAAUCCGUCUGUACUGCAGGCUACUGUGAGUUCGAUUGUUAUCAAUUGAUAUAUCAAUCGAUAGCAAUCGGUGAUCGAAAUCUAUUAAAUCGAUUGAUUUUCGAUAUUCGAAGGAUGGAUAACGCUAUCCACAGGACAAAUCGCUACCAGUGGAUGAGUGCUAACAAAACAAACCGCGCUAGACACUGGAUAGUGAUUUAUCCGGUGGAUAGCGUUAUCCACCUUUCCAACAACCCGUAAUCUCACUGUCGCAAAUCUGCUUUAUCAUUGCCAGACGAGACGAAUCUACGCAAUAGGCACUAGCUUGUACCUUCGAGGGAGUUCUUAUCUGAUUGUAAGAAUAAUUCACAAAACAAAUCACCCAUGCGUUCUAAUAAUUAGCGUGUGGAGCCUGAUGGAAACACUUGAUAAAACUUUUCAAAGCUUGCGCAAUACCGCUUCUAAGACAAUCAUAUAUUGCGCCUCGUUCUAGACAAUGUUCCUGUGUUUUGCAGUAUUUUGUUUUUGUUCAAGAACUGGAGUUUUUCCGACCCCGUGCGGAAGUCGAUUUAUGCGUUAUAUUUCCCAUUUCCCCCUUCUCUAAUCCACAUUGAGCAUUGCGUCUGACCAUGAAGUCGUUUCUCUUUAACUGUCCCGGAAAUGGCGUCUCAACUGAGGCUCACACCACCCUAGAGAGGAUUAGCCCGGUAGAUACCCCGAGGGCGGAGGGCGGCGUGGAGCAGAUCCAGGCUAAGACGCCAACAGAUGACGUUGAUUGGGAGGCUAUCAAGGACAUUCUUUCGGAGAUCGCUGAUUUUAGCGUCCCACAGCCAGCCCAACUCAGUCGCUUCAGUACUCCUCAUAGUUUCAAGAGUGGAGGCCUGGACAGUAGUUACAGGAGUUCUGUGUUGUCGGAGAGAUCUGGUACCUUUGAAAAUACGACACGGAGAAAGAAAUCUCAUUCUCAAUCGGACAAAGGAUACGGGUCUACAAAUAGCGUAUUGUCUGACUUGUCGGGCGACAUCGUUUCUUAUCCAGACAGUCCAAAGAUUCCAGGACUGAAAUUCGACCGGGACACGUCUUCAUUUUGGUAUAAACCCACCAUUACAAGAAAUGAGGCUAACGAUAUUCUUAAAGACUCGGAACCAGGCUCUUUCAUCAUCCGGGAUAGUCAGUUCUUCCCAGGAGCCUUUGGUUUGGCUCUCAAGGUAGCGGUGCCUCCUGCGCAUGUGCUUCAGGGACUACAAGACAAUCGAACUAAAGUUGAUCUUAUCAAUGAACUUGUGCGGCAUUUCCUGAUCGAGACGACUAAGAAGGGCGUCCGACUGAAAGGAUACAACGAUGAACCCGUGUUUGGGAGUUUGGCUGCUUUCGUUUAUCAACAUACCAUCACGCCUUUGGCGUUACCAAUCAAACUGACCAUGCCUUCUCAAGAGGACAAGGAUCAGUCUACCAAUAAAGAAGACAGGCAAUCCUGGCCUGAGGACGCAGUUGGUUCACUCAUGUAUCUCGGCCGCUGUGAGGUUGAAAUGCUUACUGGACCAAGCGCGAUACAGCGAACUGUGGAACAACUAUCAACUGAAGAGGCGGCGAAGAAAUUCACUACUGUCAGCUUCAAGGUCACGCCACAAGGAAUGACUCUGACUGAUAACGAACGAAAAGUAUUCUUCAGACAACAUUUCCACAUGAAGUCGAUACUCUAUUGUGGGAUAGAUCCCAGUGAUAAAAGAUGGGAUCUGAAGACGUCGACAUACAGUGGCAAGUCAAAGUCAUUUGGUCUUGUGCUACGACAAACUGGCGGAGUACACAAUGAGUGCCACUUAUUCGGAGAAAUCUCUAAGGACUGGCCAUCAAGCAUCCUAGUUAUCAUACUCAACAGAUCCAUGACUUCAUCCACGUAACGUAACGUAACGUAACGCAUCGUAACGCAAUAUAGUUCAGUACACAAGCAAGCCACAUUACAAGAGUUAUAGAUUUGGUAUCGACAUCUUGGGAUUGUAAAUGUCGCGUAAUCAGCUCAUAUACACACAAGCCUCGUGUCAUGCAUGGGGAGUAUUAUCGUAGAACACGAAGGCAGCAGAGUAACAAGCAACGAGAUUCUCCACGGAACGUCCACACUCAAUGACGUUCGCGAAUCAAGAACAUAUUUCAACCUUCUUGCACCUGAAAAAUUGUUGAAAUGCAAAGGUCGCUGGAGUUGUUACGUGCACGAACAUAACGCAGACUAAACGAGCUUUACAUCUGACUGCCAUUAUGGCGAGAGUGUCCGCUACUUUGGGCCAAAAUUUCCCGAGUAUAGAAAUAUAACGUGUUGUUAAAAACUAAUAGACCUUAUAGAGCAAAGAAGUUUUCCUACAACUAGCAGAUAGUAUCGGUGUCCACAACUUUUGACUGAAAUCCUCAUGUACAAACAUGUCAUGCCAGUUAGGCUGGGUUGUCCACUAUUUUGGACCAAUACCCCAAAGACAAGCAUAUUAUGCCAGUUAGGCUGGGUUGUCUAUUACUUUGGACUAGAAAACCCAAAAUACAAAUAUAUCGUAUCAUUUACGCUAGUGCACUAAAGAAAUUGCAAGUAAAGAACGCUAAUACAAAAAAAAAAAAUAAUACCGGAGCUGAGCAAGCGCUUACAAUAGAGUGCGAUUAGAACGAAGGCCAGUAAAACUUGGGAAAAAAUCCUUGGGAAAAAAAAAACAACAAAAAACAAAAAACAGAACCAUGGCUCAUGCUCCGACGAUUGGUAGCCUUCCUACGGAGAAUUUACAAAGGUAAGACUGUCGAUAGUGAAGUAAAAAUUUAAUAUGGCGAUUGCCUGAUGUAUACUUUAUAUCUAGUUUUUAACAGAGGAAAUAUUAAAGCAAGUACUCAUUUUUGCAA